AUGCCCACUGCCCAGAAAGCACGAAUGACAAAGACUCGAGGGUCAGAAGAGGAGUUUGUUCUCUUCCUCCAAGGGGUUCCAGCCCACUGUCGUUGGCAGGAGCUUAAGGAUAUGGUGCGGCAGACCGCGUUGCAUAUCCGACAAGCGGUGGUGUACGACGACAAUCAUGGAUUUCCCACGGGACUGGGUCAAAUCAUCGUGAAGAAUGAAGACGAAGCGUGGCGGACCUACCACAGAUUGUCCACCAACGGCUGGGAGGGACAGAGUCUGGUGGUCACGCUGGCUCGCACCAGUUCACCCACACGCCCAAUUGCUGGGCCGACUAAGAGUCCAACCUGUGUGAUUCCCCCAAAUUAUGUGGCUGGUUACUCGACUCCCCCGCGAGUCACCCAGAACCUGGCCAUGCCCCCGUCGCCCAUGACCCCAGAGCCGGGGAUGUCUACUAGCCCGACAUAUCAAAGUCCCGAAUACGGAGCGCCAAUGAUGAGUCCCAUGGGGUUACCUUCUCAGCCGUUCCUGCCCAUCUUCGCGGACCCUCUAUCCCAAACAAUCCCCGGGUUUCCGCCCUCUCCUGCCCUCCGGUCGUUCUGUGACCCCAAUCUUGCCUUCGCCAUUCUCCCGCCCUACGCGCUCUCCCCCAUGCCUCAUCCUCUUCGCGAAGCCUCUAUCAAUGCUAUGCGCAUGAACAACGGCACCGCCAGCAGUAGCCGUCCCAGCAAGCCCAUGUACCGCCACGGGGUACCCAAUCGGAACAAAACCAAUCUCAAUCCCAACUCGCCUAUCUUCCCUGCGCCCGACCGAGCAGCACUAGGAACUGGCCAUUCAACGCGGCCCACCUUUCGCCGGACCAUCUUCAUCCAAAACCUCAGCGCCACGACCACCAAGGCAGAUCUGGAGAGCUUCCUCCAGGGCCCUAAUACCAACACCAGCAUCGAGCAGAGCGAGGUACCCAUGGACGCUGAGACGGGCCGCUGCAAGGGCUUUGCACGUGUGACUUUUUACUAUGCUGAAGAGGCUAAGCGCGCCGUCAUCCGGUACCAUAAUGCCGUCUUCAUGGGAGCUAAGAUUCGUGUAAAGAUCGAUCGCAGCAUUCAUGGCGCGUACAGUUUGCCCUCCCAGGGCAUUCCGCCGCCGGCAAUUCCGCCCGCCACUCACGGUCUCGAAAUCGCUACCACUACUUCCAACACUCCUGGCACUACCGUCGUUGCCCCGCAGACCCCCGUGGACAACAAGAGGAACGUUUCUCCGGUCAUCCCCCUGGAGACUCCCUCCAACUCUGGAGCGCGAAAGGAUUCCUUGCCCAAGGCAGAUCGGUGUCAACCAUUGGUCGUGAAUGGGUCAGGGACCGGAAGGAGAGCGGUAGCCACUUGA